UUUAUGAAAAAAAGAAUAAAAUUGUGUAGAUUUUGUUAUUUACAAGACUUUUUGUCCUUAGCAAUAAAUUAAAAAGUAGUUCCAAAAAAGCUGUACCUUUCCGUACACCAUCUGAUCCGCGCGCCAUAUUUUCUGUACCCACGCGCCUUCCCAGCGCGUGUGCGUGAAUAAAAGAGCUUGCGAGUAUAUAUUAGAAGGUGGAGAGACCUGCGUCACUUUCCAUUCCAACUCCAUCUCCGUCUCCGUUACUUGCUUCUACACUCUUCGUUAGAGAUGGCGGCGAAUGAUGAAGCAAUGGAGGCUCUCAAGAGAGAAGCAGUUGAUUUGGAGAAUAUUCCGAUCGAAGAGGUGUUUGAUAAUUUGAGGUGCACCAAAGAGGGGCUUUCGUCGGAGGAUGCUAUCAGGAGGCUCGAAAUUUUCGGCUACAACAAGCUUGAGGAAAAGGAGGAGAGUAAGGUUUUGAAGUUCUUAGGGUUUAUGUGGAAUCCUCUGUCAUGGGUGAUGGAAGCUGCAGCAAUUAUGGCGAUUGCUCUCGCGAAUGGAGGAGGUAAACCACCAGAUUGGCAGGAUUUUGUCGGUAUCAUCACUCUUCUUGUGAUAAACUCAACCAUAAGUUUCAUAGAGGAGAACAACGCCGGAAAUGCCGCCGCUGCUCUCAUGGCUCGGCUUGCACCCAAAGCAAAGGUUCUCCGUGAUGGACACUGGAAUGAGGAAGAUGCCGCUGUUCUUGUUCCAGGUGACGUAGUCAGUAUCAAAUUGGGCGAUAUAAUUCCUGCCGAUGCUCGUCUUCUUGAUGGUGAUCCUUUAAAGAUAGAUCAGUCUGCUCUAACUGGAGAAUCCCUUCCAGCGACGAAAAGCCCAGGUGAUGGUGUAUACUCUGGUUCUACUGUCAAACAAGGGGAGAUUGAAGCAGUAGUCAUUGCAACAGGCGUACAUACCUUCUUCGGCAAGGCUGCCCAUCUAGUAGAUUCCACUAAUCAAGUCGGACAUUUUCAGAAGGUCUUGACGGCGAUUGGAAAUUUCUGCAUCUGUUCUAUUGCAGUGGGAAUGGUUAUCGAGAUCAUUGUAAUGUACCCUAUUCAACACCGUGAUUAUCGUCCGGGAAUCGAUAAUCUGCUUGUGCUUCUUAUUGGAGGAAUUCCAAUUGCAAUGCCGACAGUAUUGUCUGUGACAAUGGCAAUUGGUUCGCACCGUUUGUCCCAGCAGGGCGCCAUCACUAAAAGAAUGACAGCAAUUGAAGAAAUGGCCGGCAUGGAUGUGCUUUGCAGUGACAAAACCGGAACGUUGACCCUGAACAAACUAAGUGUUGACAAAAAUCUUAUUGAGGUCUUUUCUAAAGGAGUGGAUGCAGAUACUGUUGUCUUAAUGGCUGCCCGAGCCUCCCGGAUCGAAAACCAAGAUGCCAUCGAUGCUGCAAUAGUGGGGAUGUUGGCGGACCCCAAGGAGGCAAGGGCUGGAAUUCAAGAGAUUCAUUUCUUACCUUUCAACCCGACUGAUAAGCGCACAGCUCUAACUUACUUAGACAAUCAAGGUAAAAUGCAUCGAGUCAGCAAAGGUGCCCCUGAACAGAUAUUAAACCUUGCCUACAACAGAUCUGAGAUUGAGCGAAGAGUUCAUUCUGUCAUUGAUAGCUUUGCUGAGCGUGGAUUACGAUCUCUUGCAGUAGCAUACCAGGAAGUUCCGGAAGGAACAAAGGAGAGUCCCGGAGGUCCAUGGAGAUUUGUAGGACUCAUGCCUCUCUUUGAUCCUCCUAGGCAUGACAGUGCCGAGACUAUAAGAAGGGCUCUCAAUCUUGGCGUAAAUGUUAAAAUGAUUACCGGUGAUCAACUAGCAAUAGCAAAGGAAACAGGGCGUCGUUUGGGUAUGGGGACCAACAUGUAUCCUUCAUCUUCUCUAUUAGGACAUAACAAAGAUGAGUCCAUCGUUGCUUUGCCUGUUGACGAGUUGAUUGAAAAGGCUGAUGGCUUUGCCGGUGUUUUUCCUGGUAUGAUUAAAUUUAGUAUUUAUUUUUUAUGCGUAUACUAUAUAUUUAAGUUAGCAUAUAUAUAUAUUUUAAAUUUUACUUUCUCAUUUCCAGAGCACAAGUAUGAAAUUGUCAAGCGGUUACAAGCUCAGAAACAUAUAUGUGGGAUGACCGGAGAUGGGGUGAACGAUGCACCUGCUCUGAAGAAGGCUGAUAUAGGAAUAGCUGUUGCAGAUGCUACUGAUGCUGCUCGAAGUGCAUCUGACAUUGUACUUACCGAACCUGGUCUAAGUGUAAUCAUCAGUGCUGUUCUAACUAGUCGAGCAAUUUUUCAGAGGAUGAAAAAUUACACUAUAUAUGCUGUUUCCAUCACGAUACGUAUUGUGCUUGGUUUCAUGUUGCUUGCACUCAUAUGGAAGUUCGACUUCCCACCGUUUAUGGUUCUGAUAAUUGCCAUUCUAAAUGAUGGUACCAUCAUGACAAUAUCAAAGGACAGGGUGAAACCAUCUCCUUUACCAGACAGCUGGAAGCUAGCUGAGAUUUUCGCCACAGGCGUUGUUCUUGGAGGCUACUUAGCAAUGAUGACAGUCAUUUUCUUCUGGGCAGUAUACGAUACUGAUUUCUUCCCGAGAGUUUUUGGAGUUAAGUCCCUCGAGAGAACAGUAAACCUAAACUUCAAAAUGCUCGCCUCUGCAAUAUACUUGCAAGUGAGUAUAAUAUCUCAGGCUCUCAUAUUUGUGACAAGGUCUAGAAGUUGGUCCUUUAUCGAACGUCCAGGACUUCUACUAGUUGGUGCUUUCCUUGUUGCUCAGCUUAUUGCUACACUAAUUGCAGUAUACGCAAACUGGAAUUUUGCUGCAAUAGAAGGCAUAGGGUGGGGUUGGGCGGGGGUUAUAUGGCUAUAUAACAUCGUAUUCUACUUCCCACUUGAUAUGAUCAAAUUCUUCAUCAGAUAUGCAUUGAGUGGAAAGGCUUGGGAUCUCGUUAUUGAGCAAAGGAUUGCUUUUACGAGAAAAAAAGAUUUCGGUAAGGAAGAUCGUGAACUGAAGUGGGCACAGGCACAAAGGACCCUCCAUGGGCUUCAUCCACCUGAGAAGCAAUCUGGUGACCGAACUAAUUACAAUGAGCUUAAUCAGAUAGCUGAAGAGGCAAAAAGACGAGCAGAAAUGGCAAGGCUGAGAGAAUUGCACACUCUGAAAGGGCACGUUGAAUCUGUUAUAAAGAUGAAGAAUCUUGACAUAGACACGAUUCAACAAUCGUACACGGUUUGAGUUUGGAGAAUUAAGGUUGCCUCUAUGUAAAGAAAUCAGAAUUUUGGAAUGUAAAGAAACCGAGUGGCUCUAUGUAUGAUGAACAAUGUCCACUUUUAAUACGGCAAAAUGCCAUAGGUGUAGUGUUGUAUCAGACGGUGAACAUUUGAUGCUACUUUCUCUGUUUUUGUUUGCUUUGCUGCUUG